AUUUUUUGUAACAUGUUUAAUAGCCUACUAAUACAAGCUAAUACUAAUUCUAACACUUCAACUGUUUCUUAAAGGAUUACAGCCUUAAAUAUUAUGCACGCGAAUAAACCUAUCAGAACAGCAAAAAAUCGAUUUGAUCGAUUCGUCCCUUUAAAAGAGUCGCUCCAAAACGAACCGAUUCAUUCGUGAAUCAUCCGUCACCUGGAUUUAUAUGAGCUUUCGGUUUAGUGCUCGUGGAAUUUCGCAUCUUUCCUCUCCGCAAUGUCUCUCCAGACCAAGGCGCUGGUCUCAGCCAGGUGGCUGUCCGAGGCCAUGAAGACGCGCGCGGGCGCCAGUGUGCGGCUCCUGGACGCGUCCUGGUACUUACCGAAACUUAAGCGCAACUCCGCGAGCGACUUCAAGAAGCGCCACAUACCCGGAGCGGCGUAUUUCGACCUGGACCGCUGCAGUGAUCGGACCUCGCCGCUGGAUCACAUGCUCCCGCCGGCCGGCGCCUUCGCGGAGUACGUCUCGCGCCUUGGGGUUUCCAACGACGCGCACGUGGUGGUGUACGACGCGAGCGAGCAGGGCGCGUUUUCCGCCCCGCGGGUCUGGUGGAUGUUCCGCGUGUUCGGUCACGGCGCUGUGUCCGUGCUGGACGGAGGCUUGAAGCGCUGGAUGCAGGAAGGAUACCCGGUGACGGAGGAGCGCGAGAAGCCGGAGCCCGCGGACUACCGGGCCACGCUUAACCGGUCGUGGGUGAAAACGUACGAGGACAUUUUGGGCAAUAUCGACACCAAAGAGUUUCAGCUGGUGGACGCGCGACCUGCGGGGAGAUUUAGAGGAAGAGAUCCUGAGCCCAGAGACAACACUGAACCUGGCCACAUCCCUGGUUCCAUCAGCAUACCUUUUACAUCACUGUUGGCAUCCUCGGGCCUGUUUCUUCCUCCGGAGCAGCUGAGGGCGCUGUUUCAGCAGGCUGGUGUUGAUCUGCAGCACCCACUCUGUGUCACGUGCGGCUCAGCAGUGACGGCGUGCCAUGUCGCCCUGGCAGCCCAUGUCUGUGGCCAGCCGAACGUGAGCAUAUAUGACGGCGGCUGGUCUGAGUUUUACACACGUGCAGCCCCUGAGGACGUCAUCUCAGAGGGACGAGGAAAACACCGGUGACUAAUGGGAAAUGGAGAGCAAGAUGGCAGCGCACAAAAACCUCACUAACUCUCUUUUUUAACAUAAACUCAAAAUGUAACUUGAGAGCUCUGGAAGCUGAAAUAACUUUAAAGACCCAAUUCUUGGCAUACCUGUACCCAUGGGAGCAAAAACAACAAUGUUCUCACUUUGAAUAUUGUCUUUCUAACAAGAUAGGAUGCUAACCUAGAUAGUGUACCGGCUAGUUAGUUUGCUAACUAGCUAGCAUUACAACAAGCUAGCAGUAUUAUCUGUAUUUCCAGCAAUCUGUCUAGGACUACAGAAGAAUCCUGUGUUUAUACUGGUUUUAAGAUGCUCUUGUUGAUGUUUCUCACACAAUUUACCUCAGAGGAGGAGGGUAUAACGGGGAGCAAAUUUUUUUUUUUGUGACCAAAAACAACAACUUUUGUGGCAUUUUGUAUCAUCUUGUUUUGGAUAUUGUUUUUCUAACUAGAUAGGAUGCUAAACUAGAUAAUGUACUGGAUAAUUAGUUUGCUAACUGGUUAGCAUUACAUUGAACUAGCAUUCCAAUUAGCUAGAUUUCCAGUAAUCUGUCUAGCUGUACAGAACCACCUGGAGUGUAUAUUACUGGUUUUACUAUGCCCUUGUUGACUUUCCUCAUCCAAAUUAGCCAUGCUACAAUAUAAAGGGAAGAGGCUAUAACAUAAUGGAAGAAGGGUAUAAUGGGGAAUGGGUAUGUUUGUUUUUUUGGCAUACGCUCACACUUAGUAUCAAAAACAACAAUUUCUGUGGCAAACUGUAUGAUCUUGCUAUGAAUAUUGUCCUUCUAACUAGACAGGAUGCUAAACUAGAUACUAUGUACUAGUGAGUUAAUUAGCUAGCUACCUAACGUUACAAUAAACUAGCAUUCCAAUAAGCUAGCUUUCCAAUUGGCCAGUGGGAGAAAGUAAUGAAAUAAUGAAGCUUGUACAGUUGGAGUAGCUGGCUACAUUAAGCCCAGUUUUAACACUGCUAUUAAGAAUAUAUAGCUGCUGUUUACAUGCCUUUUGUACUUUCCUGAAAAGGAAACCAUAUCACAAAACCUCCUGAGUAAGUUCUGCUGCUGAAGAAGGGGGGAAGUGAGGGGAGGCUGCUAAAGUGUGUUUAAAACAGUACUGUAACAUAUCCAAAGGUCUCAGAAUGUAGACGUCCCGUUGCCUGAAUGACCUUCAAACUGGAGCUGAAGAAUCAGAGUUCACUCGUACUUAAUCUGUCCUUAUCUCUCUUUCUCUCUCUUUUUUUAUUUGAUUAUUCAUCACUUGUUGUGUGAUUAAAUCACUACUAUCUUUGUUCUUAAAUAAUUAAGGUAACUAUACACUCUUGAGCUGCAUUAAUUGAUAAUUAAAUUAAUAAAUUAUAUGGUACUUCCAAGUUGAAUGAAAUCCAUUUCUAAGAAA